UCUAUAAAGACUGAAUGUCUAUGGACAUCUGUGUUCAUUGACCAGCAGAUGGCACUAUGACUCAUACAGCUGUGACUUUCACUAUAAGAUAAUCUUUGAUGCAGAAUAACUGGAAUUUAAAACGUGUUUCCUGAGAUGUCUGCUAUAAAUAAUUAUAACUGAGACUAAACAAAUGUGUGCUACUGAACAUGUUGUGUCCAAUAUGUAGAAAGGAGUAUGCUAUUGAUGAUAUAAAAAAUCAUAUUGAUUUAUGUUUUUCUGCAACUGAUGCAUCUUUGGACAAGUUUUCUGAAGGACCAAAGAGACCUUUACCUUCCGGGGAAACACUAGUAACAAAUCCAGCAAAGAAAUACAAAGCAAAUGCUAUAACAAGGACAUUAAAUAUCAAUGAACAAAGAGCAAUGUCAAAUAAAGAGCAUAUUCCUCUUGCUGAGAAAAUGAGACCUAUUUGUCUCACUGAUUACAUAGGUCAAGAACAAGUUAUUGGUUCUGAUAAGGUCCUGUAUAAAUUGCUAACUAAUGGGCAUAUUCCUAGCAUGAUAUUUUGGGGUCCACCAGGAUGUGGAAAGACAUCUUUAGCCAAUGUUAUAUCACGUUUGAGCAAAGAAAUAUGUGGUGAUAAAGUACAAGUUGUAAAGCUUUCUGCCACAUCCUCUGGUGUUAAUAAUAUUAGGCAAGUUGUUGAUAAAGCAAAGGAUGGAACAAAAUUAAAUAAACAAACUAUUAUAUUUAUGGAUGAAAUACAUCGUUUUAAUAAACUUCAGCAAGACAUCUUUUUACCUCAUGUAGAAGCAGGAACAUUUACAUUAAUUGGAACUACUACUGAAAAUCCAUCUUACAGUUUAAAUUCUGCUUUAUUAAGUAGAUGUCGUGUAUUUCCUUUGAAUAAAUUAACAACAUCAAAUAUAAUGGAAAUCCUUUGUAAGGCAAUUUUAUCCAUAAAUGGAGAAAUAAAUGACCCACAAAAUAAAAGUCUGACAAAUAAUUCAAAGGAUAAGACCGACUCAUAUCCAAAGAGAGAUUUUAUAAUUAAUAAAACAGUAAUUGAAUGGUUAGCAGAAGUAUGUGAUGGAGAUGCACGUGUAGCAUUAAAUAGCUUGGACCUAGCAAUUAGAACUAAAGUACUAAAUAAAUUUGAUGCUUCCAAUUUUGUAUCAAUUACUCUUGAAGAUGUUAAAGAAAGUCUCAAACAAUCACAUACAUUAUCUGAUAAACAAAAUAAUAAUAUUCAUCAUUUAUAUUCUGCAUUGCAUGAAUCAAUAAAAGGUGGCAAUGCAAAUGCAUCUCUGUAUUGGCUAGCAAGGAUUAUGGCGAUCAAAGAAGAUCCUGUAGAUAUAGCAAGACGUUUGGUCAGAAUAUCAAGUGAAGAUAUUGGCUUGGAAGAUCCUGAUGCAUUGGGAAUAGCCGUGCAUACUAUGCACGGAUGUCAAAUGAUUGGAAUGCCUGAGUGCGAUCUACUGUUGGGGCAAUGUGUAGUUUAUUUAACCAGGGCACCAAAAUCAAAACUUAUUUAUAAUGCAUUAAAGUCUGCUGAAAAUGUUAUUAUGAAUCAUAAGGGACCACAACCUGCAGUACCAUUAUUUAUCAGAGAUAGGUCAGGGCAGCGAAAACUGCAAGCUAUUUGUGGACGCCAUGAAGGCAGUUUGGUUCGGAAAGAAGAAAACGUUAAAACAUAUUUACCAUUUGGUUUUCAAGAUGCUAAUUUCUUCUUGAAUGAUUCUUGAGUCUUUUUCACAUAAUUAAAAUACAUAUAAUAUGAUUUCCAAAGAUUAAUUACCAUUAAAAAGCACUUAUUUAAUCGGACACGUUCGCGCGCUGGACCCAUCUUGCUAACGCGCUCUUCGAUAUAUCGAAAUAUUUAAACAUUGCGAAGAUUACCAUUAAACUAGUCAAAAGACGGUUUAUUAUUUAUUGCAACAUGACUUACGUUUCUAAAACUCUACUUUAAUUUACGGUAUAAAUUAUAACAUUAUUAUUUAUGCAUAUUAUUAAGCGUGUACCUCGAAAUAAAUUUUAUAAUUAUUUAAAGUGUGCGCGUCAUUGGCGCGUAAAUUACGCGCGAAAUUUAAAAUUGCGCUCUUUUGAAACUGAUCAUAUAA